AUGGGCGCUGCCUUCCAUCACGCCGCACCCACACCGCACGGGUCCCCUUGGAAGGAGCUGGAGCUGCUCGGUGACGGGGCCAACGUGUCCAAGCUCAUCGGACCGAUCCUGGUCAAGCAGGACCCCGCGGAGGCCAAGGCCAACGUCAAGAAGUGCAUCGAGUACAUCUCCGCAGAGCUGAAGCGGAUGGAUCGGGCGCUCAAAGACUUGGAGGAAAAGCAAAACAGCAAGAAGGAAUCGAAUCAGAAUUGCAAGUUCCAUUUCAGUUGUAUCCUUAGUGUGGAAAUUAAAGCAUGCUCCCUAGUCCCUAAAAUCCCCAUUAUGAGUCCAGUUGGCCUUGGGCAUAAGAAUUAA